UUCAUCACACCCAAAAGUUACGUCUUCCCUGAGCAACGUGGUCUGCUAUUCAUAAUUGGAAACUUCUUCUCUUUCACUGAAUAGUUUGUUUGUGCUUCUAUCAUCGAUCCUAUCACCGUUCCUUCACAGCUGCCGUGAUGAUUUCGCACUCAGUUUCCUCCUCUUGGAGCCGUAUAAAUACCCCUACUCAAACCGCUCAAAGACGACCACAAAAAUCCAACAGCUUCAGAAAUUCUACUACAAUGCCGGAAUAUCUAGCUUCUUUUUCUGACUACUCGAGAACUGAUCCUCCCUCACCGCCCCCGCAGCCCCCGCCAAGUCCUGAGCCUGGACCAUAUCGUGUGCUGCCCGCGGAGCAGAAUGCUCGCCAGUACAGAGAGUUGGAGCAGCAGCUUACAGCUGGCCUCCAAUUAGCCAGCAACCAUUGAGCCAGACAGAAUGCGCGGAAAGGAGAUAGCUCUGGAGCGUGGCAU